UUACUCGCGUGUGCCUACUGUACCGUUCGCGGCAGGUCGCUCACUGGUCGCCAGUCAUCUCGGAAUCACCGGAUAGGAUUGGACGCUAGAUGCUAGAAAUAGACUUUGUCAACAACGGCUUUGACGGCUUUUUUUUUCGAGCAAAUGCAUGAACAACGCAUUGGGACAACAGUCUCGUCAUCAUUUCCCCCUCUCAUUGCACCUGUUCAAUCACACAUAUAUUGAAGGGGAAAUGAGAAUCACUCAAAAGACGCCCAUCUCGUAGAAAUAACAAACUCGCAGCUCUUAGUAUAGGUCGACGACGUCAUGGAGAAAUUAAAAGUUGCUGUGAUUGGGACAGGUCCGACCGGCCUGUCGAUGCUCAAAGUCCUCCGCGAUGAUGGCUUCCGCGUCACGGCGUUUGAGCGCCGGUCCCGAGUCGCCGGUCUGUGGUCCUACUCGGACAACACAACCUACACGACCGCGCUGUCGACCACAGAGGCCAACAUUAGCAAAUACCCAUGCGGCUUUGCCGACUUUCCCAUACAUGACAAGUAUCCCCCGUACAUGAAAGCAGCCCACUUUCAAGAGUUUAUGGAGGAUUACGCCAAGCACUUUGACCUGUUGAAAGACAUCGUCUUCGACACGACCGUCAGGCGCGUGGCGAGAAAUGAAGCAGACACGAAAUGGCUGGUCCAAGUUGAGAAGCAGGGAGGGGCUGUAGAAGAGCUCGAGUUCGACAAGGUCGCUCUCUGCCAUGGCUAUCAGACCUUGGCCAAGAUGCCCACAUACCCCGGCCAAGAUAAGUUUGAGGGAGUACUGAUACAUGGCCAGGCAUUCCGAAACGGAGAAGCAUUCAAAGACAAAACAGUCAUCGUGGCAGGCGCGUCAGCAUCAUCCGGCGACGUGAUACCGUCUCUGAUUCCCCACGCGCGCAAGGUCUACCUCUCGCACCGCUCCGGCGGCCUUCCGAUCCGGCGCUGGGUCAAGGGCAAACCCGUCGACCUCAACAUCACCUGGCGCCGGCGGCAGGUCGGCUUCUUCCUGCAGCGCUACCUCCCCACGCUGCACAAAUUCCUCAGCGACGUCGGGCUCAGCCUCGUCGCCCGGCUGACCAACGGGCCGCUGGACCCGGCCUGGCGCCUGCAGCCGUACCCGUCGCUGACGCUCAAGCUGACGGGCAUCUGGGAGAGCGUGAUGGAUGGGCUGAGGGCGGGGACCGUCACCAGCUUGCACGGCAUCAAGAGGUUCACGGGUCCGAGGAGCGUCGAGAUGGACGACGGGACGGUGCUGGACGAUGUCGAUGCCGUGAUUUGCUGCACAGGUUACCAGGCAGACUGGGGAAUCGCGCCGUUUGUGCAGACGAGCAUGCCGUCCGAGUACGGGUACGCCGGAACGCCGCUGUACAGGCUCUACAUGAACCUGUUUCCGCCAGAGUAUGCCGACAGCUGCGCGCUGCUGUGCUACAGCGCCUUUGGGAAGAGUAACGGCUUCACGUUUGCGGAUCUGAGCGCCCAGGCCAUUAGUAAUGUCUGGCGAGGCGUCGAGCCGCUACCGUCCAAGGCCGCCAUGGACAAGCACAUCGACGCGCACCAGGCCUGGGUCGCGUCGCGGUGGAAGCAAGAUCCCUCGAUAGAUACGAGCUGCGUCAAGACGUGGGAGUUUCAGGGCUGGCUGCACCGCGCGGCCGGGACCGGCAUGGAGAACAUCGGCUGGGGCUGGAAGGGCUGGAAGUUUUGGUGGAAGGACCCCGAGAUGUACAGGCUGAUGAACCACGGCGUCGAGACGGCGCAUGCGUUUCGGUACUUUGAGACAGGCAAGCGCAAGGCCUGGAGCGGGGCGCGCGAGGCCAUCAUCGAGGUCAACAAGCGGGCUAGUAUCUUUCCGCUCAAGAAAGAGGCUCUGGAAGAUGCAAAGAAGCGAUAGGUGGUGGUGGCUUGGAAGAUGGAGUGGACGCAAACUCUUGUUUUACUGAAGGAAUAGCAAAGAGGGGUGCUUUAAUUAAAGAUAUGAUAGCCAUUAGCAUAUAUCCAACGAUACCGUUAUUUUCUUGACCA